AUGGCUAACGUCGGAAACCAGCUACCAACACAGGCCGUUAGCAAGCCUGCUACUGGAAAACAUGGAAAUGUUUUGCCCCUGUGGGGUAACGAAAAGACUAUGAACCUUAACCCAAUGAUUCUUACAAAUGUACUUUCUUCGCCGUAUUUCAAAGUUCAGCUUUAUGAACUCAAGACCUAUCACGAAGUGGUGGACGAAAUCUACUUCAAGGUAACGUUGGUGAAUGCUAAACCGCAUGCUAGCUGUGUUACCAAGCUGGCGUUAUUGUGGUGGCAGUGUGUUUCAAUGGUCGUAUAACGAGAGGGAACUGGUUUUACAAAGCUACAGUUAAAGAAAAAUGUCGUUUGAAUUUAAUUUUUAGUGGAAUAUUAAGGGUAAACCUUAAAUGUUAGCUCUUAACUCUGUAAUUUGUAAGUAAACGUUAACAGCAACUUGUAAGUCAGCCUCCUAAUAUCGGCGACUGAGCUGAAUCAAACAUGGUGCCUUCUGUGGACUUAUGUCUGUAACAAGCCAAUGAUAUGCACCAUGUCUAAUUAUAACAUCACUUUAGUUUUUAGAUAUAAAUCAGUUUAUGUUUUCAGUGUAAAUUGAAGCCUCCAUGUCAGCUUUUGUAUUUCUCGCUGCUAUAAUGUUACGUCAUCAGGGACUCUGGAUUAGCAGGUUGUUUCCUGUUAAUAAAGUCAGUUUAACGAGACUCCCAUAAAUACAGGUUUGUUUCUGUUGUUCGUAUCUAAGCAUUUAACCCUGUGUGUGCUUACAGGUGACUCACAUUGAGCCUUGGGAAAAAGGAAGCCGAAAGACUGCAGGCCAGACUGGAAUGUGCGGAGGGGUAAGUGGGAAGUACGUGCUUUUUAUACUCCCCAUCCAUCCCUCAGAUUCCCCUAACUUGCUACAUGCAAAUAAAAUCUGUUACAAAAAAAUGUAUGCAUGACUUAGCUGUAUGACAAGUUUACACACUUGAAAAAGUUCAUUUUAUUAUUUAGUGUUAACCCUCUAGAACACUAUCAUUAAAAUUAGUAACACCAUCACUAUCGCUGGGUGAUUUUUACCCAAAAUAAUAUACCCAAGAAAAAGUACUUGACAUCAAAAUAUAUCACAAUAGGACAGUACAUGACAAAUUAAAGUAGUUUUCCUUUACUUUUAACUGUGCAAUGUUUAAAGGGAGGAAAAAAAGUGCCAUGAGAGGACCAUAAAAAAAUGUAACAAAAUAACUGAAAUUUGGCUUUCAUGAACAAAAAAUUCUUAAAAAAAAAUUGAAACUGUAAACUUAGUUUCUUUUCCAUCCAUUCCUGGGGCAUGUGAGUCCUCCCUGGUGAAGACUCGGGGUCCUUGGCAUAUUUUAAGUGAGUAAAAAUGACCAGCUGACUCAAAUAUUUCUUAUCACCAUAUGAAUUCCCUUGAAAAUCACAACUUUGUGUGAUAGUUAUUCAUAACCACUGCGCUAAAUAAAGAUAGCAUGCAAAUUCUAGGAACACUCUUACUGACCUUAUUCGCCUACACGCAGCUAUCAAAUCCACUCAAACCUACUGAACCUCUAUCACUAUUGCUGGGCAGGGAAAAUCACCUGAACACGUGCAUGUAGGAAAAAGUGGGUUUUGGAUCAGAGAAACAAAUAUGCCUUCAAAGAUGUCAAAGGAAAUGCUGAAGCUACCCAGGGACCUUUCAUACUCAGACAAACGCAACAUAAUGAAAAUCAUAUAAAUGUAUUAGGUCGGGUGAAAACCACCCAGCGAUAGUGUUCCAUGGUUACUUGUUGAUGGCUAAUUUCAACACAAGGGUUAUAAGCAUGAGGUGAUAUGCUAAUGAUAUGUUAUGAUUAUUUUUGUUUGAACACUUUCGUUUCUAUCCAUCAUAGGUGCGUGGAGUUGGAACUGGUGGUAUUGUGUCUACUGCUUUCUGUCUUCUGUACAAACUUUUUACCCUCAAGCUUACUCGCAAACAGCUGAUGGGUCUGAUCACUCACACAGACUCUCCAUAUAUCAGAGCUCUCGGCUUCAUGUACAUAAGGUAAAGUUGUUUGUGUGAAUUUGCCAAAUAUGGCCUUUAUAAUUUCAUGAUUUAUUAUAAUCUUUUUUUUAUGUAAAAAACUUGUUCUGCUUUUGUUACAAUACAUCGUGACAGAUUUGAGUGUGGAAUUAGACUCUGUAAGAAAUCAAAGUUGCAUUUUUUAAGACAUAAAACUAUUUAAAUUAAAGACAAGAUAUGUGCCAAUUGAAAAACUUUUACAUUUCUGAAGUUUUGAGAUAUUAAUAUUCUCAGCAUAUGGUUCGCAUACAACCCCAUACAACAUUGGAAUGCUGUGUGUAUAAUAUAGAUGAAAACAUCAGCUCUGGGAGACUGGGCCUCUUUGGUGUGCCCCUUUGACACCCUGUCAUGUUACCAACCAAUCAAUCCUCCAGUUGUUCUCUUCCCCCUUUUUUUAUGGCCACACACAGCUUCUUCAGCACUGAGUUGGAUUUGUCCCAACUGUUCUGAAGCGCAAUGCUUGUAAUGAUUGGAAUUCAAACCAUCAGAAUCUAUUUUAAUCAACAUGACAGUACCCAGCUUCCCAACUGGUUGUGGAAUUGGACUUGCACAUGGGAAGUGUGUUAGCUCUAAUUAGCUUAUACAAUGGGUUUAUGAAUAUGUAGAUGUAAUCUGUGUAACAUCUUAUCCUUAUUUGACUCGAAAAGCUCAUAUUUUUCACUCUUGCCUCAGAUACACUCAGCCUCCAGCAGACUUGAUUGACUGGUACGAUGGCUUCCUGGAUGAUGAGGAGGUAUGUCACCUCGGGUAAUAAUUUGAUGCUUCUUUCUCUCUACUCAUUACACAGUCUAUAAUGAUGCACUAAAAGUUGUCAGCCCCCCCCUCCCUUGUGAUGCUCAUAGCUGAUUUUUCACCUUUGCCUUCAUUUGGCUUAAUUGUCCCAAAGUCUCUUCCUCCAAACCUGAGUAGCUAGGUUACUUGCUCACUGCUCUGCUGCUGAUUUUUUUUUUGAAUCAGGGUAAGUACCUUACGUGAUGCUGAGUACAUCUUUAUGUCAAAUAUAAGGCAUGCCUGUGUUUUUAUCAGGACUUGUUGCACGAAACUGAACAUGGGACAAAAAGCAUUUAAGAGUGUUGAUAAAGAAUCACACAUUAAGAGAUACUUGAAUAAAGUUAAAAAAAAUAUAUAUAUAUAUGUGGAGUUUGGCAAAGACUAAUGUUUUUUAAAAAUAUGAUCCCAGUCUGUGCAACCAGGCCUCUUUUAAUGUUCUGUUGCAUUUGAAUUGAUCAUAUGAAAUCCUACGCAACUGGUUAAUUCCCCUGUUUUUUUCUUCAGAUGUCCAUUGUGCAGCAGGUGAAUUGGAAAAUGUAUCUCAGCACUGUUGGUUUGCGUGUGUGAGUGCAAAGCGGCUGUUCUUAUCAUAUCAAUGUGACAGUUCUUCUACUGGUGUGCUCUUACAUCCUGCCUCAGUCCGUGCUUACACUGUGGGCUACUUUUAUACCCCUACAGUCUCCCGAAGAGAUCAUAUUGUGUCUUCUGAAACUGUAGAAGAGAGCCGAGGCCCCUCUCUCUCUCUCCCUCUUUCUCAAUUAUGAUGUGACUCAGUGUUUCGAGAUAAUGUCUCUCCUCCCAUUCAUUUUUGCUCUGUAAACAGCACAUGCAACCUCUGAAGAGUCUUUUAUAGCACAUGAUGUGAAAAAGGAGAAAAUGAGGGGGAUUUGACAAUAGACAAUGAUGUUUUCUCAUGUUAUCGAAGCCCACACAGUAAUCACAGACAGCAGGAGUUGCCCCACCAGUUUAGAUGAGGCAUUUUUUGUGUUACCCAUAGUUUUGUUGCCACUCUUCAAAGUUAUUGAGUAAAGCCAGACACAUUGGAUUGAUAUGAGAGAUUAAGCUAGAUGAACAGAGGUGAAGGUUCAGUACUUGGUCAUCACAAUUGUUAAAUUUCAAGUAAGAUUCAAUAAGUGAUCAGAAUUCGUCUUUCCUGCCUUCGAAUGUUAACUGGGUUUUCUUCGGAUUUCCCCAAAUGUUUCAUUCUAGGAGCUAGACGUGAAGGCAGGAGGUGGUUGUGUGAUGACAGUCGGAGAGAUGCUGCGCUCCUUUUUGACAAAACUGGAGUGGUUCUCUACUCUGUUCCCCCGGAUCCCAGUGCCUGUGCAGAAGAAUAUAGACCAGCAGAUGAAGGCUAGACCUCGAAAGGUCGCUCAAAAAGAGCCGCAGGAGGAAGAAGCGGCGGCGGCUUACACAGAGGCGGGGAGGCAAGGAGAACGCCGCCGCUCCAGGUAACACAGUUUAUGAUAAACCUUAUAGUCCUAUUUGUCUUUGAAAAUUCCUGCCUUGUUUCUGUAAAUAAGAGCAGUGGAUCAAAGUUCCUCUUGAAUUCAGUUUAUGGUUUUUGUUAGUUAUGUAAUCUGUGAUUGAGUAGACCAGGAGAUGUUUCCACAUAAAGCUAACUGUUGUUUUUGCCAGGACGCCCAGACGAACGCCAAGCCCCCGAAGGUCACCCAAACGGUCGAGGAGCAGGAGCCACCACCGCGAGAGAGAGCGCCAUGGACCCAGCUUUGACAAAGAGCUAGAGAGGGAGCGGGAUCGCCAAAGGAAGGAGAGGGAGGGCAGGGGUGAUAGGGACAGAGGAGACCGAGGGGACAGGGAGAGGCGGCGGUCCCGCAGCGCAGAGAGAAACCAAGAGCGGCGAGAGCGCAAAAGGAGUCGCAGCGGCAGCCGGGAGCGACGGAGCGAGCGUAGAGAAAAAGAGAGAGACGGCGGGGAAGACAAAAGCAGGAGGAAGGACAGGGAGCACCAUAAAGACAGAGGUACAGAGAGGGAGAGGUCCAGGGAUAAGAAGAGCAGAGGAGAGACUGACGAAAAGAGGCACAAGGAUGACAGGGACAGACACAGAGAGGAGAGGAAAGCCAAAAGGUCGAGCCGGAGUCGAAGCCGAGAGAGGAGGCACAAAAGUGGGGGAGAGGAGAAGAGCAGGAAAAGAGAGCGCAGCCACGACCGAGACAGGGAGAGAGACGGGGAGCAGCGUUCUCAUAAACGUAGCCGUAGCAAAGAGAAGAGUCAUCAUCAGCGGGAAUCCAGUAACGACCACGGUAAACAUAGUGAACGCAGAAGGAGUCAUAGCACUGAGUAA